UCUGAUUCUGUCGCAGUGCCUCAGCAGAAGAAGAGAAGAGUGGGAAGCGGAACGAGAGGUUAGCUGUUCAGGGGUACGAGGAAGAAGAAGAGGAGGAGCAAGAGGAAUAGCAGAAAUGGCGGCGAGGUCAGCUCUGCUCAAGUACCUGAGGGUGAACGUCAACCCCAUCUCCCGUACCCUCAACCCUAGCAGCUCUGCCGGUCUGUCCUUCAACGUGUUCCGCCGUCUCUUCUCAGAGGAGGUCAGGGGCUCCUUCCUCGACAAGUCGGAGGUCACUGAUCGCGUCGUCUCCGUCGUCAAGAACUUCCAGAAAGUCGAUCCUUCCAAGGUUUCACCGAAUGCGCACUUUCAAAAUGAUCUCGGGCUGGACAGUUUAGAUACAGUGGAGAUCGUUAUGGCGCUCGAGGAAGAGUUCGGGUUUGAGAUCCCUGACAACGAAGCGGACAAGAUAAGCUCCAUAAAUAUGGCAGUAGACUUCAUCGCUUCCCACCCUCAGGCAAAAUGAGAGAUAAACCCGAGCAAUCAUUACUCUCUUUUCUUGAUUCCUAUGCUUUCUAGGGAUUUUGCCGUCAACUGGACCCUUUUAUCCGGGCAUGUUGUCAUCCUUGAUGCUUCACCGAAACUCUAUCCCUCGGCAUGAAGCUUCGCUUUUGUGUGUUCCUUAAACAGUCAUUGUUCGAUGAAGAUUAGUUUCAAGUAAAUGCGUUCUCCAAGUGUAGAACAUAUUCAUGGAAUGGGUGCCUCGUUCUUUUUCUGAUGUUCCUUCCAUUUGAAUAAAAAAAUAAUGCACUAUUAUUUCUUAGAUGACCA